UUGACUUCUUCUUGAGCAGGCAACUAUGGUCAUCCGAUCAAAACCAGCGGUAAGGAUGAGAUGUAUAUUUAUGGAACGUGUAUGGCGGAAGAGCUACGGCAGACCCCAAAAUAUCGAAUUUGUUCAAGACACAUCUCAUGGCUGCCCUGUAAUUGCAUUGGUUUUUCAUUGCUCACUGGUCAUGGCCAGCACAAGAAAGAUCGCUAGGUGGUUUGUUCUUCUUCUUCUCUUCAUCUUCCCAGCAUUGUUUUCGCAUGCGGCGGAGACGGCCAUCAAACUAGGCCAAUCCAUAAGAGAUGGGGAGACCCUUGUCUCUACAGGCGGCGUCUUCGAACUCGGAUUCUUCAGUCCCAUCAGUUCGAAGAAUCGCUACGUUGGAAUAUGGUACAAGCAAAUACCAGAACAAACUAUAGUGUGGGUUGCUAACAGAGAUAACCCGAUCACAAACAAUUCGGGAAUUCUCACAAUCAAUGACACUGGUAACCUCGUGAUACUCGACGAGAGAAGAAGACCCAUCAUGUUGACGUCCGUCUCAUAUCCCGCGACGAAUUUGAGCAGAGCGACGCUCUUUGAUGAUGGGAAUUUCGUUCUCAGGAAUGAUUUGGGUGAAGUCCUUUGGCAGAGCUUUGAUCAUCCUACUGACACCCUUUUGCCAGGAAUGAAAAUUCAGUUCGUUCGAGAGACAGGGCAGAAUCUGUCAUUGACUUCAUGGAGAAGUUCAAUAGAUCCUGCUUCCGGUUCUUACUCUCUCCGAGUGGAUCCAAAUGGGACUUUACGGUUCUUAAUUGGAUUUGAUGGUGGCGGCAUUCACUGGAGCAGCGGAGAAUGGAAUGGAAUGGUUUUCAGCUUAGUACCGGAGAUGACGAAAGUCGAUGUCUAUAACUACAGCUUGGUUGCAAAUGAGAAUGAGAAGAAAUUAACAUACUCUGUCUAUGAUUCUUCCAUAUUUUCAAGGCUUGUGAUGGAUUUUUCUGGGCAGCUCAAGCAGCUGACAUGGUCUGCAGAUCAGAAAUCCUGGAAGUUGCUUUGGGCUCAACCGAAAGAUGAAUGUGAGAUGUACAAUUCCUGUGGGGCGAACGCUAUCUGCGACGUCUCCACUCCGUUUCGCUGCAAUUGUUUGAAUGGUUUUGUUGCUGAUUCGAACACGUCGUCUCGGAGGUGCUUGAGGCAGGAGAAAUUGAUGUGUGGGGAUGAAGAUGGGUUCUUGAGGAUGGUGAGAGUGAAAUUCCCAGAUUGCUCUCAGUAUGAGAGGAAUUCAGCAAGAGCAGGCGUCGAGUACUGUGAAUUAAGGUGCAAGAGCAAUUGUUCUUGUAUGGCUUAUGCGGCCGCUUAUAGCAAUGGAACUGGUGGAUGUCUGUUCUGGAGUGGAGACCUGAUGGGGCUUCGAGAUUCUCCUCCCUACUACAAUGGCGACCGUUUCGCUACAGGAGGUCUUUAUGUUCGUGUAGCUGCGUCUGUACUAGGUGAAAGGAAUAAUUCAGGGAGGAAGAGGCAGAUAGGUGUAAUCAUCCCAGUAACAGCUUCUCUAACACUGAUUUUCGGAAUUGUCUUCUUGUGUUAUUUAUUGAGGUGGAGAAAGCUCAAACGUAAAGGGAAAAUGGAUCAAAGGGUGGAGAUAUUAUCAUUUAAUCAAGGCACUAACGCAUCAGCAGCCAACAAGUUAAUGGGUCAGGGUCGAACCAAGGGUCCAGAUCUUCCAUUAUUCAGUUUCGCUACCAUACAAGCUGCUACUGACAACUUCUCUCCUGUGAACAAGCUUGGGCAGGGUGGUUUUGGACCUGUUUACAAGGGUAAGUUGCCCGAGGGACAGGAAAUAGCAGUGAAAAGACUUUCAAUAAGUUCUAGACAGGGUCUUGAGGAAUUCAAGAAUGAGGUUAUAGUGAUUUCCAAGCUACAACAUCGGAAACUUGUAAGGCUUUUGGGUUGGUGUGUAUGUGGAGAAGAAAAGAUACUAAUCUACGAGUACAUGCCCAAUAAAAGCUUGGAUUCCUUCCUCUUUGAUGAAACCAAAAAAUCAGAAUUAGAUUGGGAAAAACGCGUUCGAAUCAUUGAAGGGAUUGCUCAAGGCCUCCUUUAUCUUCAUCAAUACUCAAGGUUAAAGAUAAUUCAUAGAGAUCUGAAGGCAAGCAACAUUCUAUUAGACAGUAAUAUGAAUCCAAAAAUAUCAGAUUUUGGCAUGGCAAGAGUUUUCGGUGGGGACGAAUCCCAUGCAAAUACAAACAGGGUUGUUGGCACAUAUGGUUAUAUGUCUCCUGAAUACGCCAUGAGAGGUGUCUUCUCUGUGAAAUCCGACGUAUUUAGCUUUGGGGUCUUACUGCUAGAGAUUAUUGGUGGCAAGAAGAACUCUGCUUCUCAUCAUUUUGAUGGCUUUCUAAACCUUCCUGGACAUGUAUGGGAGUUGUGGAAAGAAGGCAGGAGUAUGGAGUUCAUUGAUCCAAUGCUCGUCGAUUCCUCUCCUACCAGCGAGCUUGUGAGAUAUGUCCAUAUGGCCCUCUUGUGUGUGCAAGAUAGUGCCACAGAUAGGCCCACCAUGUCUGACAUCGUUCAUCUGCUUUCCAACAAAACAGCUACAAUGGCUGUUCCUAAGCAACCUGCUUUUUGUACUCGGGCUGUCACUGAAGCAGAUGUAAGACCAAGAACAACUUCUGUGAAUGAUGUAACAGUUUCUGAGAUUGAAGGCCGAUAGUGGACGUGGGUUGGGUACUUUCCUGGGUCCCACCUCUAACAGCAACUUGUCGACCAAUCAAAUCAUGCCAUGUCGUGCCUAUGCCAAUGUUGGCAAAGGUUAGGGCAGCACCCAAUCCUCAUCCCUGAAAGUGGCCCGUGACCAUCUGUUUGUCAAACCAAGCUUACAGACUGUCCUUCCACUUGGACCAUUCAUGCCAACAUGCCACAUGUAUAUGACAUGAAGCCAUCCAAAAUGUGGGGCCCCCAUCAUGAUGCUCACCUGGCACUUGUGAUUUCCAAACAUGCUGUGGAUAUGGCUUAAGGAACUUACACGUGUAAUUGAAGUGUUGGACAUGAUAUGAAGAAUGUCAGGUAUCAAAACGUGGCAGAAGAAUCUAGCGGAUCCACUCACCAAGCAGCCCAAACGUGUAUGUUGAAUCAGACCAUCCCCAUCUGUUCUUUUCAUGCUGCAGGGCCAGCCUAAUGAGGGGUUUGAUCUGAUUUUUGUGCCAAGUGAUCUUCAUGGUAGCAGCCGGCCUUUUCGAUGGCUCAAAUGUCAUACACACAUGAAGACUUUGGCACUUCUUUCUCGAGCCUUACCAUCCAUUGAGAUUGAGAUGUGUGUGAACAUAGCUUGUGACGUAAAUUCAGAUUUUUCUUUUUCUUGUUUUGAUGAAUAUGUUACAUCAAUACACCAUGUGCUUCCAUUCCAUGUUUUUAAUGAUAUUAUAUUCUCAUCUUACCGAAAAAAGUACAAUUGGAUUAAUGAAA